AUGAAGUUACAGCUUCUUGAACUUGAAGAAAUGAGGUUUAAUGCUUAUGAGUCUUCUAAGCACUGCAAGCAGAGAAUCAAAGCAUAUCAUGAUAAGAAGAUUUUAAAAAAGAGCUUCCAACCCGGUCAAUCAAUGUUACUGUUCAACUCUAGAUUGAAGUUAUUUCCGGGUAAACUCAAAUCUAAGUGGUCAGGCCCUUUUUCAAUUAAGUCAGUCAAAUCAUAUGGGACUAUUGAACUUGAAGACCCUGCCUCUGGAAGGACUUGGUUAGUCAAUGGUCAAAGGCUCAAGCACUAUCUGGGUGGUGAAGUUGAAAGACUCACUACCAUUACUCAUUUGAAGGAGCCAUGA